GGCCAGGGAGCGAGGAGACGCCGGUGGGCAGCGGGGAGCCAGGGAUGGUGUCCGGAACCGAUGGGAGCAUCACCAGCACCGAUGGGACCAUCAUGGCCAGCCCUGAUGGGAGCAUCACCAGCCCUGAUGGGAGCAUCACCAGCCCCAGUGGGACCAUCCCAGCCAGCACUGAUGGGACCAUUGCUGAUGGGAGAGGGAUUGCAGCUGAGGAAGAGGAGGCAGAGGAGGAGGAGGAAGAGGAGGAGGAGGAGGAGGACACGGAAGAGGACGAGGUGCAGGUGAUCGAGCUGAAGAAGGAGGACGGCGAGGCGUCCCGUCUAAAGCAGCAGGAGGGAGGCAAGGAUGCAUCACCCCCAACCAGCCCCGGCUGCAACGCCCAGGCGGAGAAAGCGGGGGAGCAGCUCAGCCUGGGGAAGAAGAACGACAUCUCCCGACACAGCUACUCCAGGUACAACACAAUCUCCUACCGGAGGAUUCGAAAAGGAAACACCAAACAGCGCAUCGACGAGUUUGAGUCCAUGAUGCACUUAUGA